CGGGCGCGGGCGGCGCGGUGGCAGCCUCCAAAGCGGCCCGAGAGGCGGCCAUGGCUGCUGGCGUGAAGCCAGAAGAGGCGGCCCGCCUUGGCAUCCAGGCCGCAGACACAGCUGCAGGAGUCGCUGAGGAGGCGCAGGGCCGCACGCCAGAGAAGGCGGCUGAGGAGGCGGGCAAGGCAGCAUUGAAGGCGGCGAUGGAUGGUGGUAUGAGCAGGGAGCAAGCGCAGGCCGCGGCGGCCGUUGCCGCCGGCCGCGCCGCGGCAGAGGCCACGGAUGGCCACAGCGAGGAGAAGGUGGCAGAAGACGCUGGGCGGGCUGCCGCAAAAGCUGCUGUUUCUGCUGGCAUGAGCUCGGAGAAAGCGGCAGCCAUUGCUGCAGAGGCGGCUGGCCACGCAGUGGAAGCUGCAGGGCCAGAGGUAGCACAUCGGGGCGCGGCCAAAGCGGGCGAGGCCGCGGGGCUUGAAGUACGCGAGGCAGAAGAGGCGGGCCGGGCGGCGGCGGCCGCAGCCAGUGGCCAAGAGGAGCAGACGCAGCAAGCAGCGGCCGCGGCCGCCGGGAAGGCAGCUGCUGCGGCCGCAGGCGCUGAUGCGCCAGCCGCCGCUGCGGCGGCGGCAUUGCAGGCAGCGGAGGCUGCAGGCAUGGCUCCGGAGAAGCAGGCGGACGCCUCCAUUCAAGCAGCGGUGGAUGCGGCACUGUCAGCCGGCCUCGCAGCAAACAAGGGCCUGGAUCUCGCUGCGGAGCAGGCCGGUGAGGCCGCACUGAAAGCUGCGGAGGCGGCAAAGCAGCCCAAAGACCGCGCGGCAGAGCUGGCCGCAGCGAGGUGCGGCGAUGCUGCUGCGGAGGCGGCGCUGAAGGCGAAGCCGCCCGCAGAUCCCGUGGCUGCGGCGCGGAGGGCCGCAAGCAGAGCCGCGGAAGGUGCCAAGGCACUGAAGGAACGGGCGGACUCGCUGGGGGCAGCCGCGGCGAAGGUGGUGCAGGAGCGCUGUGCGGCCAGCGGCGCCAGAGCCGCAGCAGAAGCGGGGGAGAAGGCGGCUAAGGAUGCCCUAGCUGCUGGCACGCCACAUUUGGCAGCAGAAGCCGCUGCCAAGGCAGCCUCCGACGCCGGCAAGGCCGCUGGCCUGGGCCCGGAGCAGGCCGCGCAGGCUGCGGCGCUGGCCUCCGGCGAUGCAGCGGCCGAGGUGGCCAUGGUCACGCGCGACAACGUGCAGGAAGCAGCCACACAGGCGAGCAAGGCAGCCCUCCAGGCUGCCGAAGCCGCUGGCCUCCCGCAGAAGAAGCUCGCGGAAACGGCCGGCGAGGCAGCCAGCAGAGCAGCUGUGGAGGCAGCUGUCGCUGCAGGCCUGUCUGCUGACAAGGCAGCCGAGGAGGCUGGCAAGGCUGCGGCCGAGGCCGCCCUUAAGGUGGGAAUCAGCGAAGAG